UUGCAAUUGUUACUGGUUUUGGAUUGGAUAUUGUUAAUCAAAUUGAUACUACGCCAUGCAAAACUGGUGAGAAAAGACCAGAAUAUAAAGGAAGGGAAAGCACCCAACAAACAGUCAAAGAUUGUCAAGUCGCCUUGCUCCGCUGGCAAUCAUCAUCCCAAAACAUUCACGCUCUUUUGCCUGCCUUAACCAAUACCGCUCCUGCGGCGUUGGCUGCUCAAAAAGAAGAAUAUGAACAAAAGAUCCAACAAAUUACUAGCUCAAUGAAUGCUUUGAAAGAAGAGCAUGAUAAACAAAUUAGUGAAUUUUCUAGUAAAUUUGAAAAUCAGAAACAUGAAUACGAGACACAAAUCAACGAUCUUAUCGCCUCUUUAGCCGCCCAAAAAGAAGGUUAUGAGGCACAACUUAACGAUUUAUCUGCAGCCUUAGCCACAGAAAGGGAAACGUUUGAACUGAAAAUUAAAGAGUCUAACACUUCUUUAGAAACUCAAAGAGAGCAAUAUGAGACAAAAAUAAGAGACCAUUCUCAAUCUUCAGAGACAAAAAUGAACGAAUUGACUGCUGCAUUAGAUGCUCAAAGGAAACAAUAUGAUGAGCAACUUAAGCAAUAUAAUGCUUUAUUGUCUACGAAACAAGAAUUUGAGGUUGCACUGAGAGAACGUGAUUCAAUUAUUAAUAAACUUCAAACUGAUAUCAGUGGCGUUGCAAGUGAAAAAGGAAAGCUAAGUCAAGUUGUAAAAGAAUUAGAGGAAACUAUCAAAUCUAAUUCUACCACAAUUGAACAAAAAGAGGAUAAAGUUGGUAAAUUAGAGAGCGAAAUUUCCGGUAUAAAGGAUCAACUUGCUAAUUUAGCAAUUAGCGCAAAUGCUACAAAGCCGCUCUCAGAUCCAGGUAAUCGUAGUAAAUCAGCUGAUGAGGCUUCUUCAGAUCCUCUGAUUGGACCACAUGUUCCACCAUUCCAAGCUGGCGGACAACAACCGCCACCAUCUGGUAGUGGAUAUAUGUACCAAGCACCAUAUGGAAAUUAUAGUCCACAACCGUUCUAUCAAGGUCAACAACAGUUUUAUAAUCCGGGUCAAACGCCAUACGGCUAUCAGCAACAACCCAUUUAUGGACAGCAAGGACCACCUUCAGGCUAUCAAGCAUCAGGUUAUCAGCAACAGCAACCUUACGGGCAACAAGGAUCAUUUGUUGGUGGAUUCAUGCUUCCCGAUGAUGCACCUCCAGCAUACGAUGGCCCUAAAGAAGGUUAUAAGGAUGAUAAAAAAGAAAAGAGUUAA